AUGACCGAGUCGGACGGCAUCCCGCUGGGCGAACUCGUGACAUCCGUGGCGCUGCUGAACGAGUGGCGCGACGAGCACCUGCAGGUCGUCGUGAUCUCUUCCGACUUUGUCCGUGCCUGUCUCGUCUUUGCGCAGCAGUCCGCACAGGCCUCUGGCGCCAAGCUGGUCGCGCCGACUGAAAGCGAUUUCUCCAACCUCAGCCUCCACGAGGACUAUCCUUCCAGCGUCUCCUCCCUUGACGAUUCGCCUCCCCACCUCGUCUCCAAGGACGAGGCCAUGUACUAUUAUUCAGGAAUCUCCCCGUCUCCUCCAAAGCUCGUCUACCGCACCGGACUGUCCACGACGCCUUGGGUCAAACCCAAAGGGCUCGAGGCACAUCGGCAGCUUAAGGAGGUUCGUGGUGUGUACGGUCAUAGGAUCAAUGCCGUCUGGGAGGAAGUAGGUCCCCAGGUUCUGGAUCUUCUGACCGUCCAGGGCAUUCGCUGGUCGUCCAUCGACUUAGCUCGCUUCGUCACCGACGGAGGCUCUGACAAGCAGAUUGUCGGGCCUGUGGUCAUUUGGAUCGGCGUCCUCCCCGAUUCGCUCGAAGGCCCACAAGCCAUCAGCUCGAGUGAAGCGAUCCUCAUGCUCCUCAAGUCCUUCGGUAUCGAGGACGUCGAGGUCGAGUACCGCGAGUCGAUCUAUAGGCCUUCAGUCGGACCAGAGCUACUUCGUCACGUCUCGAGCGUCAACGACACCGUCGACGUUCGCAGUCCUCUCACGCCCACUCUCUGCCUCCCCAUCGCUGCGGCUGACAGGCCUGACGCUCAGGGCACUAUGGGCCUGUACUUCGCUGAGGGCGGUGCGAGCGACAAGGUCCUUGGUCUGACGUGCCACCAUGUCCUCUUCAAGACCGACGCCACCAACAACAACUCCUACGCCCUCGCAAGCAACACAAGUGCGCCUCGCAAGUAUGUCCAACUUCUCGGCACUCGGGCUUUCGACAAGCUCCUCGACUCCAUCAGGCUCCGCAUCGGCCGCCAUGCCAUCAUGCUCGGGCAGCACGAGGACACGAUCAAGAGGUUAGACGCGAGGUUGGCUGGUGUCGACGAGGACGAGGACGAUGAGGAGGUUGCGGAUGCUAGGAAGGAGUUGAGACAGGCGAAAGAGCAGGUCAUCGCCGUGAACGAGGCGAUCGAGACGCUCGAGAAGUUCUAUUCGGAUGUCAAGAAGAACUGGGGUGUGGCCAGGCAGUGCGUUAUCGGCCACAUCCGCGUCUCCCCCGCCCUCGCCUUCAACGUCGGUCCUGACGGCUUCACCGAGGAUUGGGGCGCGUUCGAGAUCGACGGGCCAAAGUUCGCAAAGGCCUUCAAAGGCAACGUUAUGGACCUCGGCACGGAGAUCCCCUCCGACGUAUUCGCCCUCAAGAUGUACCCUCGCGAUGACGGGCCCACCACCUUCAAGUACCCUUCCGAUCGUCUCCUUCCCCUCCGUGAUAUGAUCAGCCAGGAGCUCAUGCGCCGCCCUGACAUGCUCGACCACGACAACGAGCCUUGCCUCAUCGUCAUCAAGAGCGGUAAUGCUACGGGCGUUACCAUCGGACGCGCCACGGGAAUCUUCUCGUUCGUUCGCGACGACGAUACCGGUAUGGUGUCCAAGGAGUGGGCGGUGUACAACUACGACAAGAACUCCGGCGUGUUCUCGGCCCCUGGCGAUUCGGGGUCCAUUGUCGUCGACGGCCGCGGUCGCAUCGGAGGCCUUCUCACUGGAGGAGCUGGCAAGACGGAGAUCUCGGACGUCACCUACGUCACCCCCAUGCCCCUCGUCGUCGACAAGAACGACAUCGUCAGCACCCCUUCAUUUGCAUCUGCGACCCCUUCCCUCCCCUGUCCUAUCCCCACGCUCCUUUUCCUAUCUGCGACUUCUUUUCCUUUCGCUGCGCUCCUUUAUCUAUUGGUUGGCUGUUGGCACCGCUACUUCGACUACGGGCUCGUGCACUUGUCAUUCUGGCUCCGUACGACUCGUCAUGGUCCGCGUGACCAGCACUACGUGAGCCUGGUCGUUGUGAGUCGAAUCCUGUAAGAGACGACUCCAGCGGUGACACCUCUUGUCCUGCUGAUACAAGCCAUCGACACUGAUAGAAUGAGCGAAGGGUUCGGGGCUGACAAAAAGCGAGGAUGUACAUGUACGAUACCAUCCUCGUACGCUGUUGAGCUUCUCCCAGAAUCGCCUGCGCGAAGGCUCAUGCUCUGUCCAAGUGAAAGACGAGAUUCACUGAUGAGGACGGAUAGAAUACGAUGCUGCUUGUGGCGGGGUGUUUCUAGGCGACUGCCGCAAGCAGACCAAUAUCUUUGCUGGAAUAUAAUCGCAAGAG